AUGGAGGUCGGCAGACUGGGCCGCACUGUGUGCGUGCUGACCGGGGCUUCCCGAGGCUUUGGCCGCGCCCUUGCCCCGCUGCUGGCCCGGCUGCUGUCGCCCGGUUCCGUGCUUCUACUGAGCGCACGCUGUGACUUGGCGCUGCUGCAGCUGGAGGAGGAGCUGGGCGAACAGCAUCCUGGUCUGCGAGUGGUGCGGGCAGCCACCGACCUGGGCACCGAGACCGGAGUGCGGCAGCUUUUGCACACUGUGCGCGAGCUUCCGAGGCCCGAGGGGCUGCAGCGCCUGCUGCUCAUCAACAAUGCAGGCUCUCUUGGGGAUAUUUCCAAAGGCUUCCUGAAUGUGAAUGACCCAGCUGAGGUGAACAACUACUGGGCUCUGAACCUGACCUCCAUGCUCUGCUUGACCUCCGGCACCCUGAAGGCCUUCUCAGAUAGCCCCGGCCUCAGCAAGACUGUGGUUAACAUCUCAUCUCUGUGUGCCCUACAGCCCUUCAAGGGCUGGGGGCUGUACUGUGCUGGGAAGGCUGCCCGAGACAUGUUGUGCCGGGUCCUAGCUGCUGAGGAACCCAGUGUGAGGGUGCUGAGCUAUGCUCCAGGUCCCCUGGACACAGAUAUGCAGCAGUUGGCUCGAGAAACCUCCAAGGACCCAGAGUUAAGAAACAGACUACAGGAGCUAAAGUCAAAGGGGGAGCUGGUGGAUUGUGGGACCUCAGCCCAGAAACUGUUGAACUUGCUUCAAGAGGACGCCUUCCAGUCUGGAGCCCACGUUGACUUCUAUGACUGUUAAGACCAUGUCCUGCCACAGUGCCCCUCCAACCUGUCCUAACACAAAGAUAAGCCCUCAGACACAGCCAGCAAAGAGUGGCUGGCUCUACCGGCCAUCGGAUGGCUUCUGCAGAGGCUGAGAGGGAGGUGAUGGCAUUGGAGCUCUCUGUCCCCAGGAAGAGAACUUUAGAGCUGGGAAGAGGAGGAGGAGCUGAAACACUGUUCAGGGGAGGUUG